AUGGACGAGGACGACGAUGAAGAAUCUGGUGGACCUACAUCCAAUGCCGUAGUUCGCACCAAGAACGAGCUCGCCAACGACGACAUCAACAUUCCCAAAAUAUCUGAAGUCGGUCCUGACGAGCCCUUGGCAAAAGUAGGCGAGAUCAUGAGCGUCGUGAAUAAUGUCGUCAUUAUUAGGGGUUCUGCGUCUGCCAACCAGCUCAGGGCCAACGAGAAAGCUUUGGAUUCCGAUACGCUGCUUGUCUUUGACGAUCGCAAGGUUAUGGGUUAUAUUUACGAGACUUUUGGGCCGACAUAUCAGCCGCUUUACCAAGUCAAGUACAGUGAAAGCUACCCACUCGACGUGGAGAGGGUCACCGUUGGCCGCGAAAUCUUUCACGUGCCCCACCGAAGCAAGUUCGUCUUUAUGAACGAGUUGAAGCGCUUCAAAGGAAGUGAUGCGAGUAACGUGCAUGAUGAAGAACCUGCAGAGUACGAGCUUGAGUUUUCGGAUGACGAAGAGGAAGCUGCCCACAAAGCGAGGCUGAAAGAGCGCCGUCAAGCCUCACGGGAACCCUCCGUCGUUUCCUCGCGGCAUCCUACGCCGACACCCUCCCUCGCCAAGCAGGACGACGCUUUCAUGGCCGAUUCUCUCUACGGAUCCAACCCGUAUGAUGCCCAUGGCGCAUACGACAUAGACGCCCCGCCUGGCCCGUCUCGAGCUGCUCCUGUCCCAUACGACGACCCGUACUCCGAACAGUACAACGCGCCGCCUGAGAUUCCUGCUCCUUCAAGUCCCGAAAUUCCUGGACCGUCUGGACCAUCGCAUGGCUAUCCUCCCCGCGAGAGCCAGGGCCAGGGCCGAGGCAGAGGACGUGGCAGAGGAGGCAAGCGUUCUGAGGGUGGUGCUUCACGAGGUGGGCGUGAUUUAGACAGUCGUGGCCGACGACGUGAGAAUGGUCGUGGUCGUGGUCGAGAUCGCGGGCGAGGUGGCGCUGGUGGCAGGAACCAAGGUGGAUCAUGGUCGGAGAGCCACCACGGACCUGCACAGCGGUCUGAGUCGGACGAGUAUAACCCAUGGACCCCACAUCCUGUGUCGCCGCCGCCCGUAUCGCCCCAAAGUUACGGUGGUGUAGUUCCCGCCGUGGGCGAUGAUGCUGCAGGCCACAAUAGUGGUGAUGCAUGGUCAUCCUACGACCCUUAUCAGGGAAAUGUUGAUAAUGGAGGGUACGGACAGCAGUUCGUCCAACCACAUAUCAACCCACGGUUUGCUUCGUCGCUUGGGUACAACAUGGGGUACAUGCAGCAGUUCAAUCCGAUGCCUCAGUUCAACCAGUACGGGGGUGGUGGGUACUGGAAUGGGGACAACGGUGGGGCAGGUGACCAGGGAUGGUCUAGUAACUGGAACUAUCCAAAUGGCUCUGGACAGUACGACCAGUCGGGCCAGUAG